AUUAUCGCGUCGCCCACACAGGCAUUAUUGCCACCCAGCAUGUCGUUCCUGGUCAAUCCGUUCUCUCGAUCGUCUCAAGCUGGUAACGCGUGGUUUUGCGCCGGUACCGUGACGUCGUACCCGAAUGUCGACGACUCCACGCGCGUCAGCGAACAGCGCCCAUGCGGCGAAAAGCAUGUGACGGGUUGUCGGGUAUUCCACGUGCCUCGCGAUGACAGCUCCAAAGCCACUGAGGUUGCGAUCGAUGAUUGGAGGGAUCCCGAACUUGGUGGUGAUGCGAAGGACCAAGUGAUGGUAUUCCAGUACAAAGGAAAAUUUGUCGCGGUGAACCACGAAUGUCCGCACUCUUCGUAUCCACUCUCCAAUGGCACGCCCUUCGACAUCGAAGACUUUGGGGUAGUGCUUAGCUCAGGAAUACUUUGUCCGAAGCACGGCUGGGGGUUCGAUCUCCAUACCGGUCGAUCGGACCGCGGUAGUUACAGGCUUCAAGUGUGGGAAGUUCAGCAAAGAUCGGGCAAUGGGGAUCAAGAGAUAUGGGUCAGAAGAAAGCAAAGAAUCGGAUAACACAACACGAUGCGGACCUACACCCACCAUCGCGAACGGACGCGUGAACUCAUCAACGGAACAGUUUCGUGUUAGCACACUAUCGUAUGCGCUAUGCCC